GUCAUGGGAAUCAUUUUGUUCUCAAACAGAAAUCAUAUAAACAUCACUUGGGCGAAUUUGUUUUACAAAAAUCUAGGCAAGAAUACAUAGUUCGUUUUAAUUAGUGGAAUGACUUCACUGAAAGGUUUCCUUCCUCCAGCCGGGAGUGCUUUAUGGAGAAAGGAUCGUGGACGACUGAGGUCUGAAAGCGAAAGUGACUCGUCUCCUUCAAUCAAACAUGUCGUCAUUAGGGAAGUAUGGCAAAGAACACAUCCCUCACCUCAUGCACUGUACAAAAUCGAUGUAAUGACUAAGUCCAAUCACUGGUUCGUGUUUCGGAGGUACAGAGAAUUUGAUGAACUCCACAAAAAACUGGUAAAACUUUACGGCAUCCCUAAGGAUAUGUUACCACCGAAAAAGCUUAUAUCAAAUAUGGCAUUGUCGGUUCUUGAGAAGAGGAAAGCAGCAUUAGAACAUUACCUGCAGCGACUAGUGAACAGUAGUACCUACGUGUCGAGUUCUCCUGAAAUUGUUGAGUUCUUAGAGGUCCAAAGGCACGAUGUCAUGGCCGUGACAAAUGCCCUAGCGAAGGAUUUGUCUCAAAGGGGUGAGGAAGUGUUGGCCAAGGGAGAAAGUUUCACUUUUGUACCUACUCAGCUUUACUGUUUAACGCGGCAGCUAAAGUUACCGAAACCGACUAAUGCAGUGGACGAGGCAGAUUCUGGAGAUCUAGGAAAUCUAUAUGAUUUUAUAUAUCAGCUGAAAUCACUGUGUGUUAGUAGUAUUUUGAACAAGGCUACAAGUUCACAAGAGCUUUCUAGUCAUCUGGAAUUUGAUAUUUCCUUGUUUAGGUCUCUAAGCAGUCUGAUAAUUGAUGGCUGCCCAUUGACACUUAUAAACAAUAUGUCAAAAGUUCAAGCACAGAUUACAAAUCUGACAACCAGAUACUGUUUGACCACCUUAAAAGAGCUCCUUGUAGACUGUGCCACUGAGAAGCGUCUAGCACCCAAAAUAAAAGGUCCUGCAGAGUCAUGGAGAAGUGUUACAACAGCAAGGUUGAUGCAAAACCGAAUAGUUGUUCAACCAUGGUGUCAGCUUACGACUCUCACUGUAACACACAACAAACUGGCAGCAUUGGAUGCCUCUCUUAAACUCUUGCCUGUCUUACAAAAUCUAGAUGUCAGCUAUAACGAAUUUGUUCAUUUGGAUGUACAACAGUUAUGUUGCCCAAGUCUUGUAUAUCUGAAUAUGUCUCACAACAAUAUCCACUUCAUCACAGGAAUGCCAAGAGAACUGUCAAACCUCAAGUCACUUGAUAUCAGCUACAACAAUCUUGAGACAGUCAAUGGAUUAGACUGUCUCAUUGGACUCAUUGAAUUGAAUCUGAGUCACAAUCAAAUCCAUGUUGUGAGGGAAAUUUCUAAGUUAUGUUUGAUUUCCCAUCUGAAGUACCUGACAGUUGCUGGAAACCCUUUUACGAGAGUGAAGCCCUACAGGAUUGUUGUCCUGUCUUACUUUAAAGGUAAGAAGCUGAUCCUCGACAAGAGACCCAUCACACAGAAGGAAACUGCCAAACUCAACUCAUACCCUAUCAAGUCACGUGCAAGUAGCAGUCCUGAAAAUCUCCAGGGUGAUAGUAACCUGAGCGAAGAUGUGCCUUAUGGGCGAUCCCACAGCUUCAAUGUGUUUUGCCUUCCUGAAAGUGAUGACGAUUCUGGUAUAGAAGGAGCCCCAAGCCUCAGGAGCAACAGUGUGAUUUUUGAUCCAGAUGAAAGUGAGUUUACUGGCAGAGACCUUCUUUUUAAUUGGGAAUACUACAGUGGGGAAGAUAGAUAUCUGAGCAGCAAAAUCCAACAGCUUUCAUGCAAGCCCUCUGAAGCAGAGCAAGUGGAAACAGGUCCUUCUAAUCAUUGCUACACUGAUCCAAAGAAGACAGAAAAUGUUAACUGGCAUGACAUUGAAGUUUUGCCAAAUGAUCAUGAUUCUAACAAACCAGCAGUGUCUCAAGUAUCAGAGAAAACCAAAGUAAAGAAUUCUACUUCCUUUCCUUCCCAAGAAGCUGAUUAUUCAGAUGAGCAAUUUGAAUACAAAGAGGAACUUUUCCAAAAUUCAUUAAAAGUUCCUGAUGGGAAUGACUUUUGUUUGUUACAGGAAGAUUUAAACAAGUCUUUGUCAGCAGGAGAGGAAAGUUCACAGACUGAGGGAAAAACUCAACCCUCCUAGGCUAACACACAUUGUUGAGAGCAAUCAGUAAAUCAUUACAAGCCAAUAAUACAGAGAGAUCAGAUUGAUUGUGGACUUAACUAUCUUGCCAAAGCAAUGAAUCCUCCAAAUGGUGAUAGUGACAAUAAUCAGUAGGAAAUUUAGUUUGAAACACUUAAGAAGAAGAAGAACCUCUGUUAAGGUAAUAAUUCAUUCCUUCAAGUUUACAGUAACUACUAGGUAAGACUUAUGAGAAUGUUAUACUAUGAUAAUGCAUAUUGGCCAUUGACAAAUUUAUGACAUAAAGCUGACAGCAUAAAAACCUCAAAAUGAGUCAGAGAUGCAGUUUACCCUUUGUAUUAUUGAAAUAAAAAAAUUAAAUAAUUUAUUGCAUAUUGAUAUAAAUGUAUUCUGAAAUGAAAUGUGUAUUUAAGACUUAUUUAACACUUUAAGACCAAAUUUUUGUGCAUAUAUUAGUUUAAAUUCAGUCUCUGUUCGUAGCUAUUAUAUUUACCUUAUUAGAUGUUUUGGUGUGUAGUAUUGCUGAGUAUUUUUAUGAGCUGUGCCAUAAUAACCAACAACAUUCAAAUAUCACGUCUUAGUUUAUACCACACAGGUGAAUAGUGCCUUUCAUGUACACUGAUUGUGCAUGUUAAUUACUAUUUACCUUUGAAUUGCUGAUGAGACAAAAUCAUGAGUCAAGAGUUUAAUUACCAUUUUUUUUGGUAUAUUGAAAGAAAGAAAGUAAAGUGGUAUGUAAUAAAAUAAUUUUUCACCUCGUUGUUGUCAAAAGUGGUGGAGAUUUAUCUAGCUGCAAAAUGGUAUGCAAAAUGUCCACCACUUUGGUAAAUAUCCUCCACUUCAGUGAAUAGUUGUGUCUCAUUCUACUCUAUAUGCGGGUUAUUUAUUUCUACUUGGUGAAGUUGAAUAAUAAAUAUAGUCAUUAUAUGUGA